AUGGACCAGCACCAGCCAGCUCCUUCUCUGUCUAAGCUGGAGGUGGACGUGGACCUGGGCUUUGCGCUCUUUUUUCUUGCCCUCCUCUGCUUCUUCCUGCUGCUGACGGUGGUGCGCUGCGCUCAGACAGUGGUGGACCCUUAUGUGCCGGAGGUGUGGGAGGACAUACAGGAUGAGGCCAACAGGGAGUUCAUCAAGGUGUACCCCCAACCCGCCCAUGGUCCAGUACAGACCAGGCCAGCCCAUCAACGUGGAGUAGAGCAGAUCGACUGCAGCUUGUUGUGUGUCGUCUACAAGCUAAAGGUUCGGUCACCUUCACCCUCCACCGUUGCUGCCCCCGCCUGCCUGGAAUGCAUCCGGUCAAAGGUCGAGGCCGAGCACCGUGGACUCAACCCGCUGCUCAUCCCCCUGCUCUGCGAGUUCCGCCGCUUGAAGGGCCGCCGCCGGGUCAAUAACAAGACGUAUUUCCACAUCUUCUACCAGUCGCCGUGUGGCCUCAGCCUGAGCAACAUGACUGCGGUGCAGGACUAUCUUCAACAGACCCGCUGUGACUUCCUCUUCCUGGACAUGUUCUGUCUUGACCUGUGUCUGUGACUACAACCCACCAACCCCGGGCCAUACAAGAUCAACAUCCUAGACCUGACGCUUGGCAGGGAGAACCAGCCGAUGUCCUGCAUCAAUGAACUCAGCAACAUCCGGCCAAUCUCAGUGAUCUACAACAAGCAGCGUGUGGCAGCCAGCGCGGUCUCCCUCAACACCAGCUCAGACUUUCUGGUGGGCUGCAACUGCACCGACGGCUGCAGGAACAGGUCGUCAUGCUCCUGUCACCAGCUGACCAUCCAGGCCCCAACCCUGUCACCGGGCGGCCCCGAGGACGUCAACGGGCACAAGAGGCUGGAGAAACGGCUCUCCGCAGGUAUAUAUGAGUGUAACGCACUGUGCCGCUGUGACCCACGGGUGUGCUCUAACCGGGUGGUUCAGCAUGGCCUUCAGCUGCGGCUACAGCUCUUCAUGACCGCGGGGAAGAGCUGGGGAAUCCGCUGCCUGGAUGACGUUGCCAAGGGCACCUUCAUCUGCACUUGAACUGGGAUAAUCAUGAACAAGAAGAAUUUGGGGACAGAGGACAACAUGUACGUGGUCAACCUGAACCACAUAGAGGGAGCUGAGAGCAAGGAGGUUUAUGAGAGUGAGACACGCUGCUCCGACAAUGAGUCCGGUUCAGAAGAAGAGCCCAUAGAAGACGUCAACAGUGAGCAUGAUGACUGUGAUGGAGGUGAUGACGAGGGCAAGGAUGAGGAAGAGGGAAAACACGAGAAAGAGCAGCGACGUAUGAUGAAGAAGAACUCGGAUGACGAAGAUGAAGAACAACCCGAUGAUGACGAAAAUUAUGAGGACAAGGACUACGAUGUCAGUGAAGAUGAUGGCGACUCUGACUUCAGGCACAAUGUCUCCUCUAUGGAGAGGAGCUACGUCACACGCAGGCAUGCCAAAAUACUACAGGAGGGUAAGAGGAAACUAUAUACAGAAAAGUAUACUGAGUGAAAAACAAACAUUGAGGGAAAUGAAAAGGUUACUGCGGUUUAGUAGAGUAUUCAUUCUUUUUUGGUUUGAUAAAUGUUGGUUUCUCAAAAUACUGGAAGGUAGGUAAAGGUAAAGGAAGGUAAAGUGGAAAAAAAGCACAGACACAAAUAUAGACGGAUACGAGUUCAUGAACUCUCCACUUUUAUUUCUGGAUUUUUAAAAGAAGUUAUAGGACUUUGGUUCCCAGACUCAUCAAAUGACUCACAAAAUGACUCUCUCAUAGACCCAGCGAAGAAAUCGGGCUCUGACGCCAAGUCUUCUGACCAGCAGGACGGUACAGCAGAGGGAAAUGACAAGCAGGCCUCAAACGCCACAAGGCGUUUACUCUGACGGUGAGGACGGCAUCAUCGAUGCAAAGCUGGAGGGGAAUGUGGGUCGCUACCUCAAUGUGAGUCAUGAGGAGGAAUAAUCAGAGGGUAUCGUGUCGGAUAGUAUGCCGACUGUAUGAUUUGACCUAUAUCCAUACUUCUCAGAGAUCCGUCAACUCAGCAUCUUACCCAGGCUACAAUAAAGGGCAGGAGUAAACAACGAAUGUCAUCCUCCUACUCGUCACGAAUGGGGAUAGAAAUUGUCAUAAAGCUCACAUCCGCUGUGUCUCUCAGCAUAGCUGCCACCCAAACCUGUUUGCGCAGAAUGUUUUUGUGGACACACAUGACCUUCGAUUCCCCUGGGUGGCUUUCUUCACCAGCAAGUUAGUGACCUUCUGUUAUGACUCAUGGGAUAUUAUUUAUUGCUUGUGCUAAUGGUUGGUCUUUUGAGAGGCGAAGCCAGGAUUAAUACGGGUUCUGCUCAUGUCUUUGGCUCUAUAGCAAAUGCCCAGGGGGACUAAAGCAUGUGCAUUCUAAUAUGCACUUCUGUAUAUUGAUCAUAAUAUUGUCUCGGUGUUUUUCAGGCGCAUCAGAGCUGGUACAGAACUGGCGUGGGAUUAUAAAUGUGAGCUCGGUGUGAAAAGGUCGUCAAGAAUUCGAAAUUGUCGCUGUGAUCCAGAGUGUAGGGAAAAGUUAUGAAUGUCCUUACGUCUAAUUCUAGCUUCAACCCCUGAAGUACAUUUAUGAAAAUACUGUAGUAGGUGGUCUAGUUUUUGUAUUUUAAACCAUGCGGUGUCUGAGGUUUUUGUUCAUAUUACGAUUCUUAAAUUUUGCUCGAUUAAGUUCAUUCGGAAGUAUUGUCUCCUAGUUAAAUAAAAAAUGUUGAAAUGUCCUUUUCAGCAUUCCAAAUUUGUUCUGCAAAGUUAUUCGGCCCCAAAUAAUAUUUCGUUAAACUAUAUUCUCACAUUUUCCUUAAAUGUUUCCAAAGAAAAUGUUUUGUAAAUGUAUUAAACCAUCAAGCAGUUGUGCAGAAGGGUCUGGCCAAAGACAGUUGUGAGAGAGAAAUUACAUAUUUACCUGAUUUUGUUUGAUAUUAAUAGUUAAUGAUUUAUAUACUUAAUAAAUAGUAAGACAUUUCUGUUCUGUUAAUUCUGUGUUUCUGUAAAGGGAUGGUUUCCACUCUAGCUUCCUCCAGUUAGUCUGGGCGUAUUGUCAAGAAAUGGAUUUUGCGAGAGAUCGCUUGAGCUGACAGUGACUUGGUGAUAAAAACCUACAGCUGGCAUUCCAUAGACAAGAUGUGGUUUGUGUGACCCAAGAUGGAAAUAGGCUGGAAGUGUUUAGAACCAUCCCUCAUUGUCUCAUCUUCAUCCUUGCAUCUGGGAAACUAAGCCGGAUUGGGAGUAAAACAACAUCCUGUGCAGAUAACCAGGAGAUGAACCCAAGGUGGCUUGUGGUGCCCCCCACCCGAUCAGCAUGGGAGGGAUGGAACCAGCCAUGACUAAGCAAUUUUAGUGUCAGCUAUAUAAGAACUCUGCAUUGUCUGUAAAGGUUAAGCUCUCGGCAACACACCUUAGAGUAUGCGGUCGACUGCUUCAUUAUUGCAAUA